ACUUAGUUAACACCAGUGGCUGCUAAUCUAGAUUUUAAAGUUUUUUUGAUAUGGAAUUAGUUACAUGUAACUGUGACCACCUAAAUAUUUGUUUGUUUGUAAACAAAUCGGUGAAGUGUAUUACCAAUUUCUCAUAUAUUUUUAUAAAAUUGUUAAUGAGCAAACUUUCAAAAUGUCCAAGUUUAAGUUUUUCAGAUUACUAAGAAAAUCAAAUUUCAUGAAUAAUCGAAGUAUAUUUUUAAGUGUUAGUUUAAGGGAUUCACAGACACUGCCAAAGAAGCCAAAUUUGAAAUCUCUUUUGAAUAAUUCAAUUUCAUAUAUUGAAAAUAAUGUGUUGGAUCCUUGGAUAACACCAGAGUAUUCCGUGAGAAGAAAUAAUCAAUCAGAUCAUUCUAUCCGUUUGAAUGUCAAUCCGCGUGAGACAUCUGUGUUACUAUUUCCUGGGCAGGGUUCUCAAUUUGUUGGUAUGGGAAAAUCUCUUUUGUCAUAUCCUAAUGUUAAAGAUAUGUUUGAGUGUGCUAGUGAAAUAUUAAGAUAUAAUUUAUUGGACCUUUGCAUAAAUGGACCCCAAGACAUGCUGAACAUGACUGUACAUUCACAAGUAGCUGUUGUAGUUACAUCAUUAGCUGCUGUUGAAAAACUAAGGGCAGAAUCUCCCAAGGCAAUAGAAAAUUGUGCUGCUACAGCUGGUUUUAGUGUUGGUGAAUAUAGUGCUUUGGUAUUUUCAGGAGCUCUUGAAUUUGAACAUGGUACGAUUUAUUUUUUUAAUUUUAAUUCUGAUAAUUUAUAUAGUUUAAGUGUUAUAUUUUUUAGGAAAACAAAAAUCCUUAAAUAGUCUAUACCCUUGUUU